GCAGACACAUCGGCGGCGCCUCGGGAUGACGUCGUCGAGGCGCCAGCCUAUUCCCCCAGCUCCUCUGCUGAGCUGCACCAAAGCAUGAGGAUCUUCUGGAAGUCAUUUGGAUUCUCAAGAAGACUACUUAAAGUGCAAAGCUGUAGGAUAACUGAAUCAGAACUGUUGAUCCCAGUAGGUUGGACAUCACUGAUACAGAAGCUUAGCAAAGCAUCCGGUAUUUUCUUGUUGAAUCAAAGGAAAAAACUCUCAACCAUGCCUGAAGUAGAAACAAAUCAGAGAGACACUGAAUUGUUUUCACCACCCUCCAAUGUUCGAGGGAUGACCAAACUUGAUAGAACAGCUUUUAAAAAGACCAUCACCAUCCCAGUGCUUAAAGUGAGAAAAGAAGUAGUCAAUAAAUUGAUGAGAUCCCUUAAAAGGGCAGCACUGCAGCGCCCAGGCAUAAAACGUGUGAUUGAAGACCCUGAAGAUGAAGAAAUUAGACUAAUUAUGUUGGAUCCUUUUAAGAUGCUAAAUGAUAAUUGCUUUGAGAAAGCUGAACUCAGUAUUUUAAAGCAGCUUAAUGUCAACCCACAAAUAUCGAACUAUGAUUUAGAAUUAUCUUAUGAAAACUUUAAGUCAGAAGAAAUCUUAAGAGCUGUGCUUCCUGAAGGUCAAGAUGUGACUUCAGGAUUUAGCAGAGUUGGACAUAUUGCCCAUCUGAAUCUUCGAGAUCAUCAACUACCUUUCAAGCAUUUAAUUGGCCAAGUCGUGAUUGAUAAAAAUCCAGGAAUCACUUCAGCAGUAAAUAAAAUCAAUAAUAUUGACAAUACAUACCGAAAUUUCCAAAUGGAAGUCCUAUCUGGAGAGGAGAACAUGAUGACCAAGGUUCGAGAAAACAACUACACCUAUGAAUUUGAUUUUUCAAAGGUCUAUUGGAAUCCUCGUCUCUCUACAGAACACAGCCGUAUCACAGAACUUCUCAAACCUGGGGAUAUCCUAUUUGACGUAUUCGCUGGGGUUGGACCCUUUGCCAUUCCAGUAGCAAAGAAAAACUGUACUGUAUUUGCCAAUGAUCUCAAUCCUGAGUCCCAUAAAUGGCUAUUGCACAACUGUAAAUUAAAUAAAGUUGACCAGAAAGUAAAGGUGUUUAACUUGGAUGGACAAGACUUCCUUCAAGGACCAGUCAGAGAAGAGUUAAUGCAGCAGCUGGGACCACUGAAAGAAAGCAGACACUCUGUGCACAUUGUCAUGAACUUGCCAGCAAAGGCUAUAGAGUUUCUCAGUGCUUUCAAAUCCCUUUUGGAUGGGCAGCCGUGCAGCAAUGAAUUCCUUCCCAUCGUGCACUGUUACAGCUUUUCUAAAGAUGCUGAUCCUGCUAAGGAUGUCCGACAACGAGCUGAAACUGUAUUGGGUAUUUCCUUGGAGGCAUGCAGUUCAGUUCAUAUAGUAAGAAAUGUGGCGCCUAACAAAGAAAUGCUAUGCAUUACCUUUCAGAUUCCUGCUGCUAUACUGUACAAGAACCAGACCUUAAAUCAAGAGAAUCAUGAAGACCCACCUCUUAAGCGCCAGAAGACAGAGAAAUUAUUUUCAGAAGAAAAAACACAAGCUACUUCAGUCACUAAUUGAAAAUGUACUCUCUAUCCCCACUAUAAUAAUAGUAUAUAAAUAUAAUUUGUAUGAUUU